AAAGAAGAAAAGAAAGAAAGAAAACCAUCUUCAUAGUUCUUCCUCUAUCCCGGGAACCCCGUCGUUCUUCAUUUCUGAAAUCGAACCUCCAAGCCAACCCCACACCCAUCUAACUGAUAACUACUUACAACAUUUUGAUCAAUACACCAAGUCCGGCAACGACAGCCCGACUCUGGAGAUAACGAUAAGAAAAAACAACAAGCCCAUCAUCAUUGAAUCCUCGACAACAGCCACCCAGAGCCUGCGUCCCGCAACGACAUGAGAAAGCCAUGGCAGCGCUCCCAACCCCGUUCUACUGCCUCUGGCAGAAGGAACACUCGUCCCUAGGCUCCAAGGUCCUCGACCUCCUCCCAAAGCGCGACCUCGCGUCCCUCCGCCUCGCCAACUCCGCCUGCUGCAACAUCGCCACGAAACCCCUCUUCAAGCGCAUCCGCGUCACCUUCUCCGCAAACACCUUCACCAAGCAGUCCCGUAUCCAGGCCCUCGCCCGCGUCGGCCACCACGUCGAGCACCUGCACUUCCACUUCGCCCACUCUGAAGCCACCUUCCUCCCGCCCCUCGUCCACCCCGCCACCGGCCGCGAGAUCUGCUUCCUCUACACGCCACACACGAGCAUGGCCUCGGUCCUGGCCCGGCCAAAGUACGCCAACACAGAGCUCGGCGAGAUCCUGACCCAGCAGUACCCGCCUCUCUUCCACGCCGCCACCAACGUCCCCAGCUUCAUCAACGCCAUGCGCUACCUCGUCAACAUCCGCCACCUGACCAUCCGCUGCCCGGGCCAGGACCCGCAGGAGCGCUACCGCCGUGACAUCGUCGACUACGCCAUCAUGAGCCUGCGCAUCGCCGUCGAGCGCGCGCCCCUCGAGCGCCUCGAGAAGCUCUCCCUCUCCGGCAUGCACCCCUCGGCCUUCAACUACCUCCGCCACGUCCCCGGCUUCGGCGCCGUGCCCUCGGCAGGCCGCCGCUGGAAGCAGAUCCGCAAGCUCAACAUCUCUGUCGAGGCCUGGGACUUUUAUGGCCCCUCCCCUGGGCUCGACCACCUCAAGAUCAUGGACGACUACAUCCGCCAGUUCUCCGGCACGCUCGAGAAGCUGCACUUCACCUGGCUGGGGCCCAAGGGGCCUUGCCCCAUCGCCCUCGCCGCCGACCCGCUGUUCGCGCCGCCAAGGCAGUGCAAGAAGCUCUUCAACGAGGUGACGUCGCCCAUGUCGCCGCUGCCGCCCGCGCCGAGCCGUAAGCCCAUGCACUUCCCGCGCUUGCGGUACAUGCAAGUGCGUAACGCCACCAUGACGGCUAGCCAGCUGUCGGACCUGGUCGACGCCCACCAGAAGACGGUCAAGGAGUACGACUUUGACAACGUCGUGCUCAUUAACGGCGGCGACUGGGACGAGGCCCUGGCGCCGCUCAUGGAGACCGCCAGCGGCAGCAGCAGCGACAUCUGGUCCCAGCAUUCAAGGACCAACUCCGAGGCCGAUAGCCUCCACUCGGCCGAGGCGUCCCACGACGACGACCUCCCCUCGCCAUCCGCCGCGGCGGCCGCUGCCACUCGAGAACUACUCGACUUUGACCUCGGCAGUGAACUAUACGUUGACGACGAGUACGACCCGUACGACCCGUACGACCCGUACCAGGGCCUCGACGAGGAUCUGGCCUCAGACCUCGCGGCCGCCAAGGAGGCCAGCACCUCCUUCAGCACAGUACUCAAGAAGAAGCGCGUCCAUCGGCGCAGGAAGCACCGCAAGGACGACGGCGGUGGCGGGAAGGAGGGCUCCUCGUCGCGGCAUCACGGGGGCCGGAGCCACAGCCGCCACCGCAAGCACAGGCACCACAGGGAACAGCCCCCCGUGCCUGAGGAGGACGAUGUCUUCCGCCCGUCGACCCCUGUACCCAACAUCACGGCACCCAUCCAGGACAUGUCCCCGCAUCCCGUCCUGUUGCAGCCUGCCGUGUACGACCCCAGCGCGAACCGAUACACGGACCCGGAGGACGGCAUUUCCUCGGUGCAACGGAACAUCGAGCAAGAGGAGGCGCACCGCAUGCUGGCCGAGGACGCGGCGAUGCGGGUCAGCGCUCUGCGCAAGGCCAAGGCAGCGGUGCUGAUGAAGCUGACCAAGGAGUUCACGCGCAAGGGCACUCCGGCGCCCGCGGCAGGGAGGGACAACUGCGGGCUGCAGAUGCGGCUGAGGGAAGGGCUGUUUGGGAGGAGCUUUGUGAGUGUGUUACCCGACGACCGGACCAUGUCAAGUCAGUCGGCAAUAGUCCCGCUCAUGGUGAUGCGGUAGACGAGGACGGGUAUGAUGAUAAUGAUGCUCUAACGACCCUAUGUAUCUGUUAUGUUUGUCGGGAACGCGACGGCGCUGUGGGAUCCUCCCUUGCAUGGGACUUGGCAGGUCGGAAAGGCGAAGGCAAAGGGCAGGCAGGAAACAGACCGGGAAAGGUCUGCCGGAAACGAACGGUCUUGGUAUUAUGACCGACGGCAAAGAACUGGGAGGGAGGGCAUUAUGACUUUGUAAUGACUUGACGACAUGACACUUAUUUUCCUUCAAUGUGAAUUUUUUCCCUAGUGUUUGGAGGGAGGCCAUGGGUGAUCCGAGUGCUCGGAGGGAAGACCGAAAAAAAGAAAGAAAUGAAUACAAACACAAAUACAAACUCUAAACCGUUUCUCCUGAGCUUUCCCUUCUCCGUCAAAGACGUUUUCUCUAAUGCCGUGAAAACGCGGGCGAGGCGCGCGUGUGUGUGUGUGGGUGGG